UGAAAGCUUAUAAAUAGGGAGUACAAGAUACAGAGGUGGGGAAGGAAAAACAGUAAGCAAACGAGUUUGAGCUCUACAAUUCUUCCAUUCCUAAAACCCAAUAAAAAAUUAAAUGGGAAUUGAAUUUAAGCCCCAAAACAAGAAUCAAAAUAACAGUAUUACCGGUGCAGCUGCACCAUUGAUUCUGGGACUCCAACCCUCGGCCCUUGUGGACCAUGCGGCAAGAGUUGAUCGUUCCCUCCUCUCCCGAAUUCCCGGCGAGCCUGGCGGUUCUUUUCCUGUUGCAGCGGAAGAUCUGAAGUGCAUCUUGGAUGAGGUUAAUGCACAUAUUGUUGCUUCACCCGAAACUGCAUCUCCUUUGAAGACCAUUGCAGGGGGAAGUGUCGCUAAUACUAUAAGAGGCCUGGCUGCUGGCUUUGGUGUCACCUGUGGUAUAAUUGGGGCCUGUGGGGACGAUGAACAAGGGCGCUUGUUCAUAGAUAACAUGAACCUUUACAAUGUCGAUAUAGCGAGAUUAAGGUUGAAGAUCGGUCCCACUGCACAAUGCAUUUGCUUAGUUGAUGAAUUGGGUAAUCGCACAAUGCGGCCAUGUCUCUCUGGUGCCACGAAAGUUGAGGCCGAUGAAUUUAAAAGAGAGGAUUUCAAAGGAUCUAAGUGGCUAGUACUAAGAUAUGCAAUUGUAAACUUGGACGUAAUUCACACGGCUAUUAAAAUUGCCAAGCAAGAGGGCCUUUCUGUUUCACUAGAUCUUGCCAGCUUUGAGAUGGUUCGGAAGUUUAGGCUGCCACUUCUACAGUUACUAGAGUCAGGGAAUAUAGAUCUUUGCUUUGCCAACGAGGAUGAGGCUGCAGAACUGCUGAGGGGUGAAAUUGAACAAGGUCCUGAGGCAGCACUUGAUUUUCUGGCCAAACGCUGCCAAUGGGCUGUGGUAACAUUGGGUCCGAACGGAUGCAUUGCUAAAUAUGGAAAAGAGGUUGUCUGUGUUCCGGCAAUCAAAGAGGCGAAGGCAGUUGAUGCCACCGGUGCAGGUGACCUCUUUGCUAGCGGCUUUUUGUAUGGAUUGGUGAAGGGACUUUCACUGGAGGAGUGCUGCAGGGUCGGCUCUUGCAGUGGUGGGUCGGUUAUUCGUUCUCUUGGGGGCGAGAUAACUCCAGAGAACUGGCAGUGGAUGUACAAACAAAUGCAGAUCCAGGAGCUCCCCAUUCCCGGGCCUGGAAAGUUGUCUUACUAAUUAAAGGAUUUUGAUAUGGGUUUUCCUUAGCAAGUUAUUUUUAUUCUUCCAGUUUGAGCCGAAGGCAACUGCAUUUGCAUUUCCGAGCGCUGGUUUAUUGCUGUCAUUUAACCUCUACAGAUGAUGUACGAAAACCGGAAGACCGGAAGUCUGAUUUUGAAUUUACUAUAUAUGGAAGUCUUGUAAUUCAAACAUUGUCUCUAAUAGUACCUCCUACUUAUCUGCGACAAUUUGUGACCAACUUUGAU